UCAUCACCACACGCUUUAUUUAAAAUAUUCCGAAAUUCGCGACUAAAUUCGUUAUCCCAGCCCAUCACGAAAACUGUCUGUCGUUAAUGGCAGUCGUUCUUUCUGCAUCUUUCUACCUCCACAGACAGUCGCCCAAGUUUUGCUUCAGUCAUCGCACAAGCAGCAAUCUUAAUUUGGCUGAUGGUGGUAGGCAAAUUUUGUUCAAAUAUCAUCGUUUUAGAUGCUUUAAGCAAGAGAAUUCUGACACUACAAGCAACAUAGAUAACUCUGAGAGACGAGAUGAAGUCGUUGAUGUCAUACUUGGGAGUCAAGAAGCGAAAACCACUGCUACAAAGAGUUCCUUGCUGGCACAACUAGCAAUACUCCUAGGUAUAGCUGCAACAGUUACACUGUUGUCUAUAUGUCUCAAUCAGGGGCCCACUUCUGGAAUUCAAAUAUUGGCUAAGGGUGCAUCUACUUCUGCUGUACCCAGUCUCGGUUUUUCUUUCAAUGCUUUCGGAUACAAAAUCAUACUUCCAGAAUACACUCCAGGAUGGGUCUAUUUUUGGCUGCUAAUGGCUGCUGGAUGUGGACUUUUCAUCAGUGAAGAGGCUUUGAAUAUAUGGGUUGGCAUUUCCUUAGCACGGAUGUUGUCAUUAGACGGGACGGGUCAGUCUUUUGUUGAAUCAUUAUCUAAAAGUGCCCCACAUAUAUUAUCAACUGUUUUGUGGGUAUACUGGGGAGUUUGUAUUAGUGAUAUGAUACCAUUUUACCUUGGGAGGCUUUUUAAGAAAUCCGGUGCAUCUGAUGACGUUUAUUCAAAGCUAGGAAUUAGCAAAGACAAAGCGGUAAGCCUUACUCGCACUGUUCAAAGAUAUGGGAAUCUCAUCGGUUUUGUUGAACGGUUUUCUCUUGGAGUGAGAAAUCCGACAUCUUUCUUUGCUGGGGCACUGGAUAUAUCUCCCGAGUGUUUCUUUGCUGGAGUUUGCUGUGGUGGCUUGAUUACUCUUCCAAUUCAGCUGGGAAUCGGUUUCUUACUGAGAGAACGCCCAGUGUUCGCCCUAGCCACUGUUGCCACAGUAGUGGGAAUAUGGACCAUGUUCCCGUAUGCUGUAGCCGCUUCGACAGCAUUGUUCUUAUACCUGCGACAACGCUACUCUAGUUAACCUUGUUAUCAUUUCAGCUCAAUUCACGAGUGGUACCACGGAUUAGAUAGAUAUAACAUUAAACUUGUAUAAAACU